CCCAGCUUCCAGGCUUUUUUUUGCAGCGCCAUGGUGUCAGUUGGCCUCAGCCUCAAGCCGUCCAACCUGCCGGAAAAGACACUGGCCUUCACCAACAAGUGCUAUGUGUCCCAGAGCGACUUGCAGCAGCUUUGUCCUAGCGGGGGUGCCCACAUCUACAUCGAGGUCAAGAGCUGCGUGUUCACAGUGGAGGCGCACAAGGCAAUGGAGCCCGGCACCAUCGCCUUCAACAAGGUGCAACGAGAGUUCGCGCGGAUCGGCCUGAACCAGGAGGUCUUCGUGAAGCAGUUUCCGGUGCCUAAGAGCUUCGACCUGGGCACCUGCAAGCUGGAGGUAGACUUCUUCCUGAAACCCGCCCCGGAUGCGGCCCGCCUGGAGGUGCGCGAUGAGGACCUGGACAGCAUCAUGCGCAAGAACUUCGAGCAGCAAAUCUUGUCGGUGGGUCAGGCCAUCGCGGUGGACUACAACGGCACACUACUGAAGUUCGAAGUCCGUGGCCUCAUGCCCCCGGACCUCGGGGACGGAGCAGCCGUUAAGAAGGUGAACGCGGGGCUCCUGGCCUCCCUCACAGAGCUGGACUUUCAGCAGGGGCCCUCCGGGAAGCUCCAUGUGCUGAGCAACAAGCUGCAGCAAAGGAACAUUUUUCGGCCGGAUUUCAACUUCGAGGACCUCGGCAUCGGUGGCCUCAGCAAGCAGUUCGGCGACAUCUUCCGCCGGGCUUUUGCCGCCCGCGUCUUCCCUCCGCACAUGAUCCGGGACCUGGGGGUCAGCCAUGUCAGAGGCAUGCUGCUGCACGGCCCCCCCGGCACGGGGAAGACGCUGAUCGCCAGGAAGCUGGCGAAAUUCCUGAAGGCUGCCGAGCCAAAAGUUGUAAAUGGCCCAGAGAUCCUCAACAAGUACGUGGGCCAGGCAGAGGAGAACAUUAGAAACUUGUUCGCAGAUGCUGAGAAGGAUGAAAAGACACUGGGGGAGAAUUCCCCUUUGCACGUGGUGAUUUUCGAUGAGAUUGAUUCGAUCUGCAAGUCUCGAGGGUCCACACGUGACGGGACAGGGGUCCAUGACAGCAUCGUGAACCAGCUGCUGUCGAAGAUUGACGGCGUAGACUCCUUGAACAACAUUUUGCUCAUCGGCAUGACAAACCGCAAGGACUUGAUUGAUGAGGCUCUCCUGCGACCCGGGCGCCUGGAGAUCCAUGUGGAGAUCAGCCUUCCGGAUGAGCAUGGGAGAGUAGAGAUCUUGAACAUCCACACCAAGAGCAUGAGGGACAAGGGCUACCUUGAGAAGGAAGUGUCCAUAGCAGAUAUCGCUUCAAGAACGAAGAACUUCUCCGGCGCAGAGCUCGAGGGGCUGAUUCGCUCUGCGACAUCUUAUGCCAUGAACAGGAAGGUGAGCUUCACUGAUCUCAGCAUCAAGGAGGGUGACUUUCAGGUCUGCAGGGAGGAUUUUGACCUGGCGCUUGACGAAGUCAAGCCAGCCUUUGGCCAGCACACCGACGAUUUUGAGAAAUGCAUCCCCAAUGGCAUCCAGCUCUUCUCAGACGAGUUCAACCAUACCAUGGGAUCCUGCAUGAGCAUUUUAGACCAGCUUCGUGGUUCCACUCACACCCCUUUGAUGAGCAUGCUGCUGCAUGGGGACAAGGGUAGUGGCAAGACUGCCCUGUCAGCACACUUAGCACAGGGCUCCGACUAUCCCUAUGUCCGGCGAAUUGCUAGUGACCGCUUUGUUGGAUUCUCAGAGCAGGCAAAGAUUUCUGCGAUUGCAAAAAUCUUCGAAGAUGCCUACAAAAGUGACCUGUCCUGCAUCGUCUUGGAUGACAUUGAGCGUUUGGUUGAUUUCGUUCGAGUCGGCCCUCGGUUCUCCACGCCAGUACUGCAAGCACUCAUGGCUCUUUUGAAGAAGCCACCUCCCAAGGAGAACAGUCGGCUGCUCGUGAUUGGAACAUCCACAGACGCCCAGUUUCUUGAGGAGGUGGAACUUCUGCAUUCCUUCAACGUAUCCAUGGCAAUUCCAGUCCUGUCGCAGCCGGCACACUACAAAGUGGUGUUGGAGUCGCUUCCCGGCUUCACACCUCCUGCCGUCCAGGAGAUUUGCGGAGGUCUUGCUGGGCAGAGCAUUGGAAUCAAAACGCUCCUGCUGGUUGCCGAAAUGGCCGUCCAGCGAGAAAAUCCUGUGCAAUUCGGAGUCUUUAAGGAAUGCCUGGGACAGUGCGGCAUUGCUGUAUGACGUCCUUUUCACCACGCGAAGGCUGUGCAGUUGCCAACAGACGUGCGUUUCAGGACCAAAGACCGAUUGCUAUUUGACUCGACUGCAAGUUUGAGAUGAGAACAGAACCCGGCGCCAUCUUGAAUAAGGCCGCCAGCCACGGCAGUGUAGCAUUGGCACACCCA